CUUCACUUCCUCUUAUAUAUGCACUCACUGUUACAUUAGCGAGACGCAGCUCCUCGUUAUGGGACUUUUAAACUCAUGAUAGAGAUGAGGCGAUAAAACGGGACUCUGCAGUAAAUCCAGUAAAUCCAGAGACUUUGGUGUCCUCUGCUCUGCCAGCAAGCAUGGGCGAGACGUCACCCGUGGCUGUGGAGGAACAAGUGUCACCAAAGUCACGGAAGAGUUUCUUCUCCAGAUCUCUCCGCAUCAAAAAAAGGAACAACAGUGAGGAAGAUGGGUUCACACGGCCAAGGAGCUUGAGCAUUUUUCGGUCGCUCCGAGAUAGAUCCCGUAAAGAAAGGCAGAACACGGAGGAAGAUAGCGUGUUCUCACGGAGGAGAUGGCGGUCGUUUUCAUCAGCUCGAGAAAAAUCCCGUAAAGCAUCUGGCCCCGAAGAUGACAUUAGCUCAUUAUCCAUUCAAGACCAGCUGAAGAAACUGCGUCGGCAUGACGGCGACACAAGGAUGUGCUCCAACAGCGACGGUGCACAGCCUAAAGAGAGCAACUCUGACGUCUCCGGGAAACGAAAUGCUGUGGCAUCAGGUGAAAGUGAUGGGCAGCAAGGAGCCUUCAAAAGGUUCAGCGCCAUGUUGCCGUCCAUUCGCAGACGGAAAAGAGACAAAGGCAACGAACCCGAGCCCCCGGAGCCAGUGGCACUGGACGCAUCCAGGCAGUACCGCUACGCCAGUGGGCAGUACUUUUUUGAGUAUCUGGUUGUGGUCAGCCUUAAGAAGAGCAAAGACGGCAGCCGCUACGAACCUCAGAUCACCUACCAGUUUCCUAAGAGGGACGGGAUGGCCAGGUUUCAGAAGGAGGAGGAGGAGAAGACCCUUAAAGCGAUCACCCUUUUCUGUUUCCCAGAGGGCAUCAGCUGGGCUCCGUUGACAGAAUACCCAAGUGAGACGUUCUCGUUCGUUCUGACUGAGAUCGACGGCAGCAGAAGGAACGGAUACUGCAGGAGGCUGCUGCCAGGAGGGAAAGGAGCGUGCCCGCCAGAGGCCUACUGCAUCAUCAGCACCCUGGCGUGUUUCGGCCUCUUCUCCAAGAUACUUGAUGAGGUGGAGAAGCGGCGGCAGAUCUCCAUGGCCAUGAUCUACCCAUUCAUGCAGAAGCUGAGAGAGGCUCCGUUCCCAGCUCCCGGACAAACAGUGGAGAUUAAGAGCUUCAUUCCUGAGUCGGGCACUGAGAUCAUCAGUCUGACCCGGCCGAGCGAUUCUUGGCUGGAACACGUGAACUUCGCCACGCUCUUCAGCUGCCUGACGGAUGAGGAGGUGCUGCUGGUGUUCGCGGCUGCCGUCCUGGAGAGGCGGAUCAUUUUCAUCGCCGAAGAUCUGGGCACGCUAUCUCAGGUUAUUCAUGCUGUUGCAGUCCUCCUUUACCCUUUCACCUGGCAGCACACCUUCAUCUCCAUCGUUCCAGAAAUUCUGGUCGACGUCGUCAUGGCACCCACGCCGUACUUGCUGGGAGUCCAGAAGCACCUGCUGGACCAGGUCACCGAUCAGACUGAUGUGCUGGUGGUCGAUUUGUCCGAGAAUAAAGACGAAACUUUCGUUGUUUCCACAGGCGACGAGGACUCGAUUGUGCCCCAAAAGCUCAGAGAAGAAAUACUAGAGAGAUUAAGCGGCAGGCACGCAGAAGAGACGGUUGAGAAGCUGAACAGCAUCGUGUCAGAAGCCUUCCUGCAUUUCUUCGUCAAAACUGUGGGCCAUUACGCUUCGUAUGUCAAGUACAGCAGCAAAGGAGAGCGCGGGGUGUUUGAAAAAAGGAGUUUCUACAAGGCCAUCAAGUCCAAGACCACGAGACAUUUUGUCAAGAAGUUCAUCCAGACGCAGAUGUUUGACCUGUUCAUUCAGGAGGUGGAGCAGCUGCAGUCAGGACCCCAGCAAGGAAUCUUUCACGACAGGAUCUCUCAAUAUAACAAGAGCAAGCUGAAGAGUCACUAGCUGAGUGUUUGUGAAUAUAUAGAAAUACAUUCAGGGGUACGUAGGAAAAGAUGUGAAUGUGUGUUUUAUGUCUUUUGUCAUUUCUGAUUAAAAUAAUUAUGUGUGAAUUACUGUACAAAUGUAAAAUUGUUGCUCGCAGUGAAACACUGGCAUCAUGAGGCUUCGUGUUGGUUCUGCAUCUGUGGCCACAGUCGAGUUUCUGAUGAAAAUAAUUUCUAAUAAAGACUAGUUUUUUUAAGUCUC